AUGGGAAAUCUUACAAAGAAAGCACAAGAGGCUUAUGAGGAUCUAUGCAUGAAGCAGGAGAGAAAUCUCCAAACACCAACCUUGCAGAAUAUGGAAGAGGAAAAUGUGGCGUUUAAAAGAUGGGAGAAUGUGGCUAGUAUAGAAGAGAAAUAUUUGAAACAAAAGUCAAAGUUACAUUGGCUCAAGGUUGGAGACAGGAAUAACAAGUAUUUCCAUAAGGGAGUGGCAGAGAGAGUUGCUCAGAACACUAUAAGGGAAAUAAAAAGCAGAGAUGAUUUUGAAGGGCUCACUAUAGCUUCUCUGGAGGAGAUAGUGCCACGCUGCAGAGAAGAAGAUCAUGACAGGUUUAUUCGCGAGGUCACUGAUGAUGAAAUCAAAAAGGUCUUGUUUUCCAUGCCAAACGAUAAAUCACAGGGACCGGAUGGCUACACAUCGGAAUUUUUUAGAAAAGCGUGGUCUGUUGUCGGAGUUGAAUUCACUACUGCAGUCAAAUAUGUUUUCGUGAAAGGUUUUCUGCCAAAAGGAGUCAACACCACCAUUCUAGCUCUUAUCCCUAAAAAGCUUGGAGCAACUGAGAUGAAAGACUAUAGACCAAUCUCCUGCUGCAAUGUGAUCUACAAAGUGGUGUCCAAAAUCAUUGCUAAUAGAUUGAAAGAAGUCUUGCCGGACUUAAUCUCUAUAAACCAAUCUGCGUUUAUAAAGGACCGUCUCCUCAUUGAAAAUCUACUUUUGGCUACUGAACUGGUCAAAGAUUACCACAAGGACUCUGUCUCGUCUCGCUGCGCCAUAAAGAUCGAUAUCUCAAAGGCCUUUGACUCUGUUCAGUGGGAUUUUCUGCUCAAUACGCUUAUCGCUAUGAACUUCCCAGCAAGGCUUGUUCACUGGAUCCGAUUGUGUGUCACCACUGCUUCGUUUUCAGUCUAA